AACCACGAAAAACUUGGAUUCUUCUCUCUAUAUUAAUAUAUAACAAGUUUGGAGCAGUAGAGUAUAUAGCAAUAUAGUGCUGUUCUUUUAUUUAUUUUUUUUUAUUUAAUUAAUAAUAAUAAUAAUAAUUAAUUAAGAAUAUAUGGCUAGAGAUAGGGACCCUCUUGUGGUUGGUAGAGUAAUAGGAGAUGUUUUGGAUCCUUUUACAAGGUCAGUCUCUCUUAGAGUGAGUUAUGGUAAUAGAGAGGUCAACAAUGGUUAUGAGCUUAAACCUUCUCAAAUUGUUAACCAACCUCGUGUUGAUAUUGGUGGUGAUGACCUAAGGACCUUCUACACUUUGGUCAUGGUGGAUCCGGAUGCUCCUAGCCCUAGCAACCCCAAUCUAAGGGAGUAUUUGCAUUGGUUGGUGACUGAUAUUCCUGGAACUACCGGGCCAAGCUUCGGACAAGAGGUGGUGUGCUACGAGAACCCGCGGCCGACGGUGGGGAUUCAUCGGUAUGUAUUUGUGUUGUUCCGGCAAUUGGGAAGGCAAACGGUGUUCGCGCCGGGGUGGCGUCAGAACUUCAACACUAAAGACUUUGCUGAGCUUUAUAACCUUGGUUUGCCUGUUGCUGCCCUUUAUUACAACUGCCAAAGGGAGACAGGAUCUGGGGGAAGGAGGUCCUCCACAUAGACAUAUAUAUAUAUCAUCAUCAUAUAUCAUAUAUAGGUAUUAAUAUAUGAUGAUCAUUCUUAAUGAUAUCAUGGCUUUUUAUUAUCAAUGCCAUUAUUAAUAUAUAAUAAGCUCUCUCUAUAUAUAUAUAGAAUGAGAUGGAAGAAAACAGGACUGCAUGUCAUGUACGUGUAUGUAUACUGUAUAUGUAUUAAUAUUAAUGUAAUAUUGUAUCUUCAUUAUUGUACU